AUGGAAGAUGAGGAAUUCACGCCUGAGCAAAGGAAAGGACUUCGCGAACUUCUACUUGAAUGUUUAGAACACUUCGAUGAACAAGAAAUGUUGGAUUUUUUGACACAUUCCAUCGAAUUCAGAGUCAAGUUUUGUCCUCCGCCGCAUUACCUUCUACCUCCUGGCCUUUAUCCCAGUACGUUUCCAGGCGCUGAGUCGGGACCUAGCAUCACUCCGAGGUCCCCUUCAAAACCACUUGGCAUUACUCCCAGGUCCCCUACAAAAACGCCUUUGCCCAAUUCAAAAGCUAAUCCCAAGACAAGAGCAACUACCACUUCCAGUGGCCAAACCUCAGCAAGUCCCAUAACCACAGACGCUGCCACCCAGUCAGCCUUGGUUAAAGAACGCCGACUCAUUGAAAACGCAGUCUUUGAAGACGACAUGGCUGAUUUAGCUGAAGACGUUACAUUCGAAGACGCAGCCCUCUCAAAAAUCCAGUCUGACGAGCCUGUUUUGAAUCAAAAAGGCAUUAAAGACGAUGCUAAAGCGGAAGUAGUCAAAGAGGCAUCCAAUAAGCGUGCUUCUUCGCCUUGGAAUUCUCGUUUUGUCGGAAUAGGUGAAAAAGAUUCCACAAAGAAACUUGCCCAACGAAUGAAGAAGCUUCUUUCACCCCAGCAAUUGAAGCUCAGCAAGGCAGAUUUGGCUCCUGAAAAAGAAAUUGCCGGGUCCCCUGAAGACGAAGCACAGAGCGACAUAGAGAAGCCCGAAGUUGUCGGACGCGCUAUCGAGGAACUCGUUGAACCAGCCAGACUGGCGAAGAAGUCUUCUUCUCCAGAAUCAAAACUUACUUUGUCGAACCUCGUCUCUGAUAAAAAGUCCGUUUUAAACGAGCCAGUCGAUCCAGGCGAGUCAGAGUCCAAACAACCGAACGACCGGUCCAUCGUCGGCUCCUCGGAGAAAGUCGGAAAAACGUCUUUGUCGACGAACAGCGACGAGGGCGAGUUCUCCAGCAUAAUGACGAUCGACUACAGCGAAGCAACUCACGAGGCAGAUGCUGGCGUCGUGGGAGUCAACUUGGGGCUUAUUGCCGAGUCAAAUGAUGAAUUAUCGUAA